AUGUCGGGCUGGAAGUACGCACUUGCUUUGAGCAAGCAAGAUGUCUUAACUGCCACACCGCCAGGAACAGUAAGGCUGCUAGCCGAGGACGAGUCCACUACCAGAUCAUUGAGGUCUUCCAACUCUCUGAUCCGAUUCCCGCAACCAUCCGAAGACCCGGCAGACCCCCUCAACUGGGCCCAAUGGCGCAAAUUCGGGCUGCUGCUGACUGUCUCGCUUUAUUCUUUCGUCGGCAACUUCACCAGUUCAGGCAUUGCACCGGCACUGUCACUCUGGUUCAAGGAGUUCCCACACGAUGUGCGGCCGUUUAGCGACCUGUCGUACUUCAUCGCUGUCAACGUCUUGUUCCUCGGGGCAUCCAACAUCUGGUGGGUACCAUUGUCGAACAUCUUUGGCCGGAGGCCGGUGCUCCUCGUCGCGACUCUGAUCAUGACUGUCUGCACCGUCUGGUGCGCCGUUUCGUCCUCUUACAGCUCCGUGCUGGCUGCGAGGUUGUUCCAGGGUAUCGGAGCCGGCGCCUCCGAGUCCGUGGCGCCCGCUCUGAUCGGCGAGGUCUUUUUCGUUGACGAGCGCGGCCGCGCGAUGGCCAUCUACACGGUCUUCCUCGCCUCAGGAUCGCUGAUUGGCGGCAUCGCCGGCGGUUACAUCGGUUAUGAUGUAGGAUGGGCGUACAUCUUCUGGGUCGGAGUCGCCCUUUCCGCAGCUUGCUUCGUUGGCACCUUAUUUCUCGUGCCCGAGACCCUCUACGACCGAAUCGUCCCAUCCAUCGACUCCCCAGGUGGCUCUCAAUGCGAGGAAAAGGGGACGGAAAGCCAUCUUGAGGAUACCCGAAGCCGAACCCUGGACUACCGCCCAUACACCUAUGGCAGAUCCCUUGGAUUCACUCAUUACCGCGGCAAUGUGGUCAGCCACUUCUUGGCACCGUGGAAGACUCUCAGGUUCCCUGGCACUUGGGUAGUCAUGUUCCACUACGCCGGACUCGUUGGUGGGAUCGUCACCAUCUCCACAGUCGGGCCCCAGAUUAUGGCCGCACCACCGUAUCUCUGGGGAGCCAAUGCUGGGCUUAUCAAUGUUGGAGGAAUCAUCGGCACCAUCUUGGGGGCCCUGUACACCUACUUUCUCUCCGACAAACAGCUCAAAAGGAAGGUCAAGACUUCGGGCAGCGGUUUCGCGGAAGCAGAGAGCAGGCUGCCGACCAUGUUCCUUUCUCUCGGCAUUUCAACCGGCGGGUUCUUCGUCUUUGGAUUUACUGGCCAGUACCCAUCCAGAGCCGGAUGGGUUGGUCUCUGUGUCGGGUUUGCCAUGGUUUCCUUUGGGCUGAUGCAGUUGCCCUCGAUCGGAUUUAACUACAUCAUCGAUGCCUAUCAACAUCACGCCAGUGAUUGCUUCGUCAUGGUGACUAUUAUGCGAGCCAUCAUUGCUUUUGCCUGGACGUUCUUCGUUGCCGAGUGGGUCGAGAAGAAGGGCACUGCAGAGCCGUUCGGCAUCUUUGGAAUGCUCAUGGGGCUCUUCUCGCUUCUGACUGUCCCGCUGUGGCUGUACGGCAAGAGAAUGAGGAUCGCGACAAGGGACUUGGUGGAGAAAUAA